UCUCUCUCACACACACACACACACACACACACUCUCUCUCUCUCUCUCUCACACACACACACACACACACACACACUCUCUCUCUCUCUCUCACACACACACACACGCACACACACACACACACACACUCCGGGGAGAGUUAAGCGUGUGAGGAUGAUGAAGUGUGAAGGAGCUGGAGGACUGCCUGUGUGUGUGAGUGUGUGUGUGUGUGUGUUUUGAACCUCUGGGACAUGAGGAGCGGAGCGAAUCUUCUUCGCCUCACCGGUGGAAGAAGGCGGAGGAGAGGUCGAGCCAAGCAAGGACUGUUCGCAAUGUUAUCCGCAGCCACUGAUGCCACGUUUCAAAGAAGGAACUGGAAGAUGGUGGUAUGGGUGCUUGUAUCUCUGCUGCCCCUGGUAGUCGGAGACAGGCAUGGGUUUAGCGAAGACCCCGUGGAUGCAGUGGGUUUAGUUACCACUACGCUGGACGAGCAGCCAUUUGACACUCUACCCGAGGAAGACGAGGAGAUGGGAGAUGGAGACGGCCAUUCUCCUUGGCAAAACAUUUUUGAACCUUCGGUUCUGGUAGAGGAGGAUCAGCUGGCUCGGUGGGAACGUUCCCCACGUUCCUCGGAUGCCUCUGAUGCUCAGUCCAAGGGCUCGCGCAAGAAGAAGAAGAAGAAGAAGAAAGAGAAGGAGAAGGGUGAGGACGAGGUGCGGGGCCAGAGCAGCCGUGACUGCCACCUGGAGAGGCGUGAGAUGCGAGUGAGGGACCUGGGGAUGGGUUACGACUCAGACGAGAUCGUGCUCUUUAAGUUCUGCGUGGGUUUGUGCCAGAGUGCACGAGGGAACUACGACGCUGCGCUGCGGGCUCUGCUGACCAACGGCAGCCUGCCCAAACGGACAGCACGCAAGGUCAGCACCAGACCCUGCUGCCGACCCACGGCAUACAAGUCUGUCUCCUUCAUGGACACAUCCACGACAUGGAGAACCAUCGAGAACGUCUCAGCCUUGGACUGCAAGUGCGUGGGCUAAGCCAGUAUCGGAGCAAGAGGAAAGAAAUCAAUCCCCCUCGAGAAAAAGAGGCAACGUGAAGCUGGAGGGAUUCCUGAAAUCGGGAAUACAGGAAUAGGCAUUCUGGGAUGAGAGCUAUUCCAGUUGAAGGAGUCAUCAAGGCUUCUGUAACGUGCACAAUGUAUGCAUUCAGCCUUUUACAUUCCCAAAACCAGCGUGAGAAGGUCCGGCAUGAUGCCGGACUCGCCCGAGGUCGGAGCACGGCAUGGAGAAGUUCUGCGGAAGGUAGACGACGGAGCCACAAUGGACGCUGACGGAUUGCAUUGUGAGAAACUUGCCAAGAAACUUUGCAGGACUUUAAUGACACGGAACGUUCCAUUUGUCCGUUUGUUACUGAAGGAUGUCAGAGCUUUAAGUGUGUAUAUGUCCCGAUAACAGAUGAAACCAUUUUCGAGUGUAAUUUCUGACAUUCAGGUUAACAAAGCUAACACACUACUUCAAUUCAGAAAAGUUAUUAUUAUACACGGUUUUAUAAAUGUACAAUACAGAAUUAAAUCAUUCCUACACCGAGCUUAGGACUGUUAAAGGAACUGAUGAAAAGAUCUACUUUACACUUUCACUCAAUCACAUCAUGGCUUAAAGUACAUCGUAUUUGUGUAUUUACUUUUACACUCAAGCUAGGAGGCUAAUGUUUAGUAAAUAGCAAACUCCAAAAACUUAUGUUAAGUUAUGACAGGCUAUACAAACUCUUUUUUAUUAAAAUUUAAGACAAAGUAGAACUAUAUUGCUAUUAAUAUUAAGACACAGAGUCUAGAAGGAUUAGGUGGAGUCUCAGAGGUGGACUGAUACCAAAGCUAGGGAAAGCGGUGAUUCUCAUUGUCCAAGAUGGCUGCCUCUGUAAUGGUGAGGUUUUCUUCAUGUUUCUGCAUUCAAUAAGUCACACUAGCUAGUUCACUAGGCAGUUAGUGCUAACAGAAACCUAGACAAACUUAGACCUUGGCUUUCCUCUUAGCUAUGUUUAUUGAUGCUGUUUGAAAGAAUGCUAAAGUCGGCAAUGAAUACAAAUCGGAACUAGCUAGCUACCUAUCUUAACAAGCAAACUGACCUACUAGCUAUCAGGUUUAACAUGCAAAUUUACCAAACUGAACUGUCUUGCCGGUUUUAAAAAAAAAAAAAGCAAAAUUGAACCUGCUUGCUAGCUAACUUAACAAGCAAACUGUGACCUAGCUAGCUAGCAAGUUUAACAUACAAAUUUACAAAACUGAACUGUCUGGCUAGUUUAAAAAAGGUAAGCAAAAUUGAACUAACUAACUAGCUAAUUUAUCAAACAAGUUCAUAAAACUGAACAAGCUAGCUAGCUAACUUAACAAGCAAACUGUGACCUAGCUAGCUAGCAGGUUUAACAUGCAAAUUUACAAAACUGUAUUGUCUAGCUAGCUAAUUAAACAAGUUAAUGUAUGAAAUUAAACUAGCUAGCGUUAUAAAUUUACCAAUAACUCAACGUGUGUCUUUAGAUUUAACGGCGGAUGUUAAGACAACAUCUUACUGGGGGAAAAAUGAAAACGUUUUUUUCCUUCCUUUUUUUUCUACAUCAAAGCAUAAAAGGUUGUCGUUUUUUCUCUCUUCAACGUUUCUUCAGUUCUUGAGUGAAGUACAGAUUUUCCUCUUUGAGCACAACAACGACGUACAAUCGCUCAAGUAUUUUCCACCUCAGCAGUUAGCAUUUUAGCUGGUCAUCAGCUACAUUAGCCUCUUAGCUGCAGUGCAAACAGACUGCGAACACGACUGAUUAGCAACAUUUAGGAAACGUGAGAUAAAGGCUGAGUUGUGACUCUUGACAGCUGAACCGCUAGCGAUCCGGUCAGCCACAAAACACCAGCAGUAGCCUAGCACCAGGAUUAGCCUUCCUGUCCUUGCUAGCGACUGCAGUGUGUUUUAUCAACAUGGAUGCUGUGCAUCUCUUAGCAUUUACUGUAUGCUUCAUAGGUCAAAUAUUUAUUUUUGCAUCUAAGUUAUUUAUUUAUUCAUUCUUGUGUAUAAGGAUGUGUUU